AAUAUUUCAAGCCCUGUUUGCAAACAAAUUAUCCGUCGUCGUAAGAUCGUGCUUUUUCAAAUUAAUUUAAAGAAAUCCAUUAAUUUUAGUGUAUUACGCGUUUAAAAAUGCAAAAUAAAGUGGUAACCCUCAAAACGCAAACGCCCCUCUACGGGCAGUUGGUGAUCGGGCCUCCCGGAUCCGGCAAAACCACAUACUGCGCCAAGAUGAAACAGUUCCUCGAGAAGCUGGAACGAAAAGUUACGGUGGUCAAUCUGGAUCCGGCCAACGACAACAUGGAGUACGAAACCACCAUUGACAUCAUGCAGCUCAUAACGGUCCAGGACGUGAUGGAGCAGUUCAAUCUAGGCCCGAAUGGAGCGCUCAUCUACUGUAUGGAGUUCCUGGAAGCGAACUUCGGGUGGCUUCUGGAACAGUUGAAGGCCUCGCCGGACAAGUACUUCAUAUUCGACUGUCCCGGUCAGGUGGAACUCUACACCCAUCACAACUCGAUGAAGAACAUCUUCGAACAGCUGGAAAAGCUCGGAUAUCAUCUUUGCACAGUUCACCUCGUGGAGUCUCAUCAUUGUUCCGAAGCACACAAAUUCAUCUCCACUUUGCUGCUUUCGUUACACACCAUGCUGCAGAUGGGAUUGCCUCAUGUAAAUGUCCUCACCAAGGCCGAUUUGCUCAAGGAAUACGAAUCCAAACUGGCCUUCAAUCUGGAGUACUACACCGACGUGUUGGAUUUGAACUACCUCUUGGAAAGCGUGGACAGUUCAAUGGGACCGAAGAACAAAUACAAGAAGCUUAACGCGGCCAUCGUUUCAAUGGUCGAGGACUACAGUUUGGUUUCUUUUUGUCUGUUGGAUUGCAACAAAGACGAAAGUUUACUCCGGCUGAAGAAUGCUAUCGAUAAAGCAAACGGGUAUGUGUACGGAGCCGGGGAAGAGAAAAACGUUAACACCCUGUUGGCUUGUGCAGUUGGGGCAGAAACGCAGACUGACCGAAUGGAACGGGACAUCAAUCCGUAUGUGAGCUAAUGGGUAUGGAAUAAAUGAGUACUAAAGCAAG